AACAUCAUAUCAACAAGAGAAUACCUACGGAAGACACCUUUUGUUUUUAAAACAACAAGACUUCUCCAUAUGCAUCCUCACAUUUGCGUAUCAUCAUAACAAUUCAUAUUUGCUAUGAGAGAAGCUACAUCCUAAACCGAGCUAUCUAGCAUCCAUCUCACCCAAUUCAAUUUCCCCGUCUCAUGUUGGUUAGCCAGAUCGCCAACAUCAAGGACAUAUUUCGAACUUACACAACAAGCACUCAUUAUGUCUCAAUCACUAGAGAAUGAGGCUGCUAGUGAUGUGCUCACGAAGAACGAGGAACAACCAACAUUACCAACUUUCACUCUUUCCAUCGUCUCUCCUUCAACAGAGGUCGCAAGUCCAUUGAUUUUUCCCCAGUUGUUGCCGACCACCACAGUACAAGAAUUGAAGGCAAAGAUUAGAGAUGUUGUGCAGUCAAAGCCAACCGACUCAGCCCAACGACUGAUUCAUCGUGGUCGAAUGCUGGAGAGGGGAUCACAAACAAUGUUAGAAAUAUUUGGUCAAGAGAGCGUAAGAAUAUAUUUGCCCACACAAUUUAAUACGCUUGCUGACUCUAUACCUUAGCUAUCAAGUCUGGAUACUCAAACUCUUCAUCUCGUUCUCCGGCCUGCUUUUCCAGAAGCAACUUCGACGGGAAGUGCAGAUCCUCCCACACAAAACAACCCCUCGAAUAUAGCCGUUCCUCCCAGUAGAACCCCUCCACCUCAGUUCCGUGAGCUAGCCGCGCAACAGCUCCGUGAUUUCCACCAUGUUGCACACACAUAUCAGACGAGGACGGAAAGGUUGCAGCAAUUACAAAGGGAUACGGAGCGCUUACAGCAGGAACUUGAUGCAGGUACUCGGGCUUAUCAAUCGCAUGUUGGACGUCUCAUGAAUUUAGGAAAUAAUAUGCCGGAACCGCCCGCUGUCCCUCGAAAUCCGUAUGGACCUCCGACCGAGAAUCAUACCUCAAUUCAACAACUCAUUGCGCAGCAUCAACAACAAAGGCGAGCUUUAGCCGGACUUACGGCACAGGACUUGGGCGGAGAAGGGAACAUGUUUGCGGCUCUAGACGAAAUGAACUCUGGUAGAUCAACACCCCAAUUUAGGACUCCUGAACACAGCGCUACUUAUACUCGGGAAGGUGUCGGCCCAAAUGGAGAGAGAUGGCAAGUGACGGUAAAUGAGACUACAACCACAAUUCCCGCAGGAACACUUCGAUCCGGCGAGAGGCAUAACCCAUUUCGAUCACCCGAGCGACGUAGCUAUGGACAACACCCUUCACCUUCAGGGGCGAACUCGGGAAACCCCGCGUUAGAUUUACAGAACCUUUUGCGCAACGUAGAUAGGUUAAGGGCGCCCCAAGUACCUAUGGUGUCAAGAUCUUCAUCAACUCCUCCAUCGGCACAAUCCGAUACUCAAACUUCUCCAUCUUCUACCACUGCACCUGCGACCACAUCUGCUCCUAGCACACCUUUGACCACGGCGUCUCCCAACCCAUUAACGAGAGUGUCUGUACCAAACUUGACUACAACCCCAGCAACUUCCACCAGAAUCACAUCCUCCCCAUCUUUUGAGCCCAUGGUUUAUAUACUCAGCUCUCCCUCAGGCCCUCGCGCACUUUUAAUAAAUAAUUCCGAGACUUUUUAUACACCACGUCCUACAAGAGCCCGUUAUAACAAUGGUAUUGGUGGUCGUGAUCUAUUUGGCUUCCCCGAAUAUCGCAAUAGAAAUGCCCAAAGGGCUAGAAUGGGGCGUGUAAACCGACCACGAGCAGAUGAAGCACCACCUGUUGAAUUCGAGCCUCUUCACAAUCGGGUUCAAAGGCCAGCUGUGCCUAUCGCACUCCAGGUGUUUAAUGUGCUUUGGUUAAUCAUUAGACUAGUGGGGUUCGUGUGGUUCUUCACUUCUGGAAACAGUAGUUGGUCAAGAUUUCUGAUGAUGAGUGGACUUGCAAUAGUUGUCUUCCUCAUCAACACAGGAGUUCUUACAGGAGUUUUCAAUGGGGUUGCGGAGCAAUUCUGGGGCCCAAUCAGAAGACACCUAGAAAACUUGAUUCCACUAGCUGGACCUGAUGCGGCGCUUGUACCUGCAGCAAACGCUGCGGUCGUGCCUCAGAAUGGAGCGGCGGAAGCGGGUCCCCAGGCUCGAUUACCGCAUGGCCAACUUGAUGAGUCUCAAGUUGCCGCAAGAAUACUCGAACAACAGCGACAUAGACAAGCACAACCAGGCUGGCUCCUGACGCAGAUACGGAGGGCCGAACAUGCUGCGCUUCUCUUUGUGGCGAGCCUUAUUCCUGGCGUUGGGGAGAGACACAUUGCUGCUCGGGAUAAUGCGGCAAGAGAAGUUGAGGCGGCGGUGGCUGAGGCAGAACGGCGUCGCGCUGAAGCAGAGAAUGCGGGAAGUGAUGUUGUAGAACGUGGAGAGGGCGCCAAUGAAGGAAAUCAUGACGAACAGCAGCCUGAAAGAGCCGUUGAAGGAGGAGAUGUGAGCGGUGAGAACCUUAGGCUAAAUGCUGAGGUAGAGCGCGAAGCACCUCCUGGACAACCUCUGUUUGUUUGAUACUCUUGGUUUGUUGGAUUCCUCCGUACUGGUUGUUAACACACGGCGCGAGGCUACGGCGGAAUUUCCCUUGGAGAUUUCUCUUAUUUCAUUAGGUGGGCAUGUUUUGUACGAAUCCACCUCUCCGUUGAAGACUUUAAUGAUGAGAUGGUAGCUUAGUCUGAGUACGUUGAUACCAAUAUAAAGUUCUUACAAACAAUAGCAAAAUGAACAAUGCCAAAUAA